GUUUCUUCACAAGGUUAUCUGUAGCUUCAGGUUGUGGCCAAGCAGAUAAAGCUGCUAUCUGAACAACCUUGGCGUUUUUGUGGGUUAGUGAUGGCGGCGGCCAGCUGCACUGCAUUGAGAAUCGUUGAACCUCGGACACAUUUCCACGGGUUUCCAAGCACGCUUUCAUCAACUUCUCCUUUUUAAUAGCCUCCAAGGCAAGAGACUCGAGAUUCCGCCCGGUCUUUCCCGCCGGCAAUUUCGAAGCAGCAGGAUGGAAUUGAAUUGAGAAAGCAUGCUGACUAACAAGCCAGAAUUUGUAACUUCAAAAUCGUGAUUUGUGUAGCCUGCCCUGGGAGUUUGAGCUGCAGAAUCUUUCUAAGGGACUCCAGAAGUGUUUAAACAGCCAUGGCACUCUUCACUCCAUGGAAAUUGUCCUCUCAGAAACUUGGCUUCUUUCUGGUGACUUUUGGCUUUAUUUGGGGAAUGAUGCUCCUGCAUUUUACUAUUCAACAGAAGACUCAGCAUGAAAGCAGUUCAGUGCUUCGUGAACAAAUACUGGAUCUCAGUAAAAGAUACAUAAAAGCACUAGCAGAAGAAAAUAGAAAUAUAGUGGAUGGACCUUAUGUUGGGACAAUGACUGCAUAUGAUUUGAAGAAAACUCUUGCGGUCUUACUGGAUAAUAUAUUGCAGCGUAUUGGGAAGCUUGAGUCUAAGGUUGAGAACCUUGUAAUCAAUGGCACAGGUGCAAAUUCUACAAACAGUACCACCACUGCAAUUCCUAGUUUGGGGACAGCUGAAAAGCUGAAUGUUGCAGAUCUCAUUAAUGGAGCCCAGGAACAGUGUGAAUUGCCUCCUAUGGAUGGUUUUCCUCACUGUGAGGGCAAAAUAAAAUGGAUGAAAGAUAUGUGGAGAUCUGAUCCUUGUUAUGCAAGUUACGGUGUUGAUGGGUCCACAUGCUCAUUCUUUAUUUACCUCAGUGAGGUCCUUGUUCAUCUGGGACUCCUCACAAAAGAAUCUGGAUUCAAGAUUGCAGAAAAUGCCUUCAGUGGUGGCCCACUUGGGGAACUAGUCCAGUGGAGUGAUUUAAUUACAUCUCUCUAUUUACUGGGCCAUGACAUAAGGAUUUCGGCUUCUCUGGCAGAACUCAAGGAGAUUAUGAAGAAGGUAGUUGGUAACAGAUCUGGGUGUCCUACACAGGGGGAUAAAGUGGUGGAGCUUAUUUAUAUCGACAUUGUGGGACUCACUCAGUUUAAGAAAACUCUUGGGCCAUCCUGGGUUCAUUAUCACUCACACUCCAGAUAACAGUUUUCUUGGAUUUGUUGUGGAACAGUAUCUGAAUUCCAGCGAUAUCAAACACUUCAAUGUCAUUAAAAGGCAGGAUCAAUCACUUGUUUAUGGGAAAGUUGAUAACUUCUGGAAGGUGAGUGGCCAGGUUAAGCAAAUUUGUUUCAGUUGAGCAUAACACAAAGUUGAAAACUUUUUAUUUGAUGAUACUUUUUAAGACCUUUACUGUAUGUCCAAACUGGCUCUCAAAAUAUAUAUUAUUUUUUAUUUAUUUACUUAUGGUCCAAAACCAAAUCACAGAAUUUAAAAGUAUUAAUAGAUGCAUAAGUAAGUUUAUGUAGUACAUACAUAUAUAAAAAGAGGAGUCAUACAUUUACAGUUGUUUUUAUCUAAAAGAUUUAGAUACUAUGUCACAUUAUGCUUUGAAAAUAGUUAAAUCUCCUUUUAUUUAUUUGUUUCUUUCUUUCUUUGUAAAGACUGACCAUUGGCUCUAGCGCAUAUAUGUCCAUCUAUCAGUGUCCUGUCUGUUUAGCAGUUUCUCCCCAAAUGUCAUCUAAAUUUUCCCUAUUACAUUUUGUGAAAAUGUAUUAGAUAGUUUAAUCAGCUCAGUAUUCUAUAGAGUAUAUCUGUUGAUUUUGCUAAUGUAGUUGCUAGAAUUAAUAAAGUACAAAAUAAUCUUUGUUAAUAUAUUACAGUAAGUCUUAAUUAUUUUAUUGCUAGAUGUUUUAAAAUUAUUAGUUUUUCCUUCCCCAAAUCAAUCUAUCCUAUUUCUGUAAUAAAGAAGAAAGCAUAUAAAAUU